CAGCGUGAAUGGAGAGCCUGUGUUUUCUGUCGGGUUUCGGAAGCAUCUCCACUUUUUUUCCGCGGUAGCUGCCGGGCCAUGAAACAUCUGUCUUCCCGUGCUGCGGAGGCUGGGGAAUGGACUGGGUUGUUACGUUUUUUCCUUCAAACCCAGAACCUGCGAGAGGCGCGGAGUACCUUUCCCCGAACAGUUCCAAAAAAGCAGGGACGACGCAGGAGGGCACAGGGGAGGACCGCCCGGGCUUUGCGACUCCCUUGGGUACGCCGGCCUCCGCCCCACCUGCCAGGGGGCGGGACCUUGUGACGCUGGACCAAUCAGCAGCUACCUGCGCUCACCUGGCCUCCUCCCGCGGGCUCCAGCGAGUCGAGGUCCUCAAAGCUGCACCCAGAGCUAGCGGAGCACGGUCCUGCCGUCGUGGCAGCCUCUUCACCUCUAGCCAUGGAGCAUCUUGGUGGGCCUCUCGCCUCUCUCCUCCUCCGGCUCCUCCUGCUCCUCCUCCUCCUCCAGACUCAGGUUUGUUGGCUACCCAGCGUGGCCUCCGAGCCCUGCGGGACCGGCUUCAGCGACGCCGAAGUGACCUUGGAGGUGGGAGGCCCGGGUUUGGAGCCCGGCGCGGCGCUGGGGAAAGUAGCAUUUGCUGGCUGCCCUGGACAAGAGCUGUCCCUGCAUGGAGCUGAUAAUGGUGACAUUACUGUGAUGAACGGCAGGACAGUCCAGGAAAGGAAGGCAGCACUAAGCUCCCCAUCCAAACGCAUCUUACGAAGACGGAAGAGAGAAUGGGUAGUACCGCCAAUAUCAGUCCCUGAGAAUGGCAAAGGCCCCUUCCCUCAGAGACUGAAUCAGCUCAAAUCUAAUAAGGACAGAGGCACCAAGAUUUUCUACAGCAUUACAGGGCCCGGAGCAGAUAGCCCCCCAGAGGGUGUCUUCGCCAUAGAGAAGGAGACAGGCUGGCUGCUGUUGAAUAAGCCACUGGACCGGGAGAAGAUUGCUAAGUAUGAGCUUUUUGGACACGCAGUGUCUGAGAAUGGUGCCUCAGUAGAGGAUCCCAUGAACAUCUCCAUCAUCGUGACAGACCAGAAUGACCACAAGCCCAAGUUCACCCAGGAUGUCUUCAGAGGGAGUGUUUUGGAGGGGGUACUGCCUGGCACUUCUGUGAUGCAAGUGACAGCCACAGAUGAGGAUGAUGCCAUCAACACCUACAACGGAGUGGUGGCUUAUUUCAUCCAAAGCCAAGAACCAAAGGAACCUCAUGACCUCAUGUUCACCAUCCACCGGAGCACUGGCAGCAUCAGUGUCAUCUCCAGUGGUCUGGACCGCGAGAAAGUGCCCGAGUACACACUGACCAUCCAGGCCACAGACAUGAAUGGAGAUGGCUCCACCACCACAGCAGUGGCCAUGGUGGAGAUCCUUGACGCCAAUGACAAUGCUCCAGCGUUCGAGCCCCAGAAGUAUGAGGCCUGGGUGCCUGAGAAUGCAGUAGGCCACAAGGUACAGAGCCUGACAGUGACGGAUCUGGAUGCUCCCAACUCACCAGCCUGGCGUGCCACUUAUCGAAUUGUGGGAGGUGACAGCGGGGACCAUUUUACUAUCACCACCGACCCCGAGAGCAACCAGGGCAUCCUGACAACGAGGAAGGGCUUGGAUUUUGAGGCCCAAAACCAGCACAUACUGUACAUAGAAGCAACCAAUGAGGUCCCCUUUGUGGUGAAGCUCCCAACUGCCACCGCCACCGUAGUGGUCCAUGUGGAGGAUGUGAAUGAGGCCCCUGUGUUUGUCCCACUCUCCAAAGUCAUUGAGAUCCAAGAGGGUAUCUCUGCUGGGGAAGUGGUCUGCGUCUAUUCUGCACAGGAUCCUGACAAGGAGGAUCAGAAGAUCAGCUACCACAUCCUGAGAGACCCAGCCAGGUGGCUAGCAAUGGACCCAGACAGUGGGCAGAUCACUGCUGCCGGCAUCUUGGACCGAGAGGAUGAACGGUUUGUGAAAAACAACAUCUAUGAAGUCCUGGUCUUGGCCACAGACAAUGGGAGCCCUCCUACCACCGGUACGGGGACCCUCCUCCUGACACUUACCGACAUCAACGACCAUGGCCCGGUCCCUGAACCCCGUCAGAUCACCAUCUGCAACCAAAGCCCUGUGCCCCAAGUGCUGAAUAUCACGGACAAGGACCUGUCCCCCCAUUCCUCCCCUUUUCAGGCCCAGCUCACACAUGAUUCGGACAUCUACUGGAUGGCAGAAGUCAGUGAGAAAGGAGACACUGUGGCCCUGUCCCUGAAGAAGUUCUUGAAACAAGACACUUAUGACGUGCACCUUUCUCUGUCUGACCAUGGCAACAAAGAACAGCUAACCAUGAUCAGCGCCACUGUGUGCGACUGCCAUGGCCACGUGAAGACCUGUCCUGAACGCUGGAAGGGCAGUUUCAUCCUCCCCAUCCUGGGUGCUAUCCUGGCUCUGUUGAUCCUCCUGCUGGUGCUCCUCCUGCUGGUGAGAAAGAAGAGGAAGGUCAAAGAGCCCCUUCUGCUCCCAGAAGAUGACACUCGAGACAAUGUCUUCUAUUAUGGUGAAGAGGGUGGCGGUGAAGAGGACCAGGACUAUGACAUCACCCAACUCCACCGUGGUCUAGAGGCCAGGCCUGAGGUGGUUCUCCGAAACGAUGUGGCACCAACCUUCAUCCCCACACCCAUGUACCGUCCCCGGCCAGCCAACCCAGAUGAAAUCGGCAACUUCAUCACUGAGAACCUGAAGGCUGCUAACUCAGACCCUACAGCCCCGCCCUACGACUCCCUGCUAGUGUUCGACUAUGAGGGCAGCGGCUCGGAUGCUGCCUCCUUGAGUUCCCUCACCUCCUCAGCCUCUGAUCAGGACCAGGACUACAACUACCUGAAUGAGUGGGGAAGUCGAUUCAAGAAACUGGCUGACAUGUAUGGCUGUGGUGAGGAUGACUGAGCUGCCUUUGCCAAGCCAGCCAGGCAGGAACUAAAGGUCAGGUCACAGCAGCAUCUCCAAGAGAGUUCGGUCCCCACUUCAGCCAAGGAUUCUGAAGCUUGUCGGCCAGUGGCCUGUUCUGUACACCACAUCUGACACAAAGGCUGGACUGCAAGCCUUUCACAUGGAAGGAUGUGAUGCUGACUUCAACACUGAUCUCUCUGCCAAGGUCACAGUCACUUCAGAGGCUGAAUUUCUAGAAGUCUCACCUGCCAUGCAAUGCAUGGCCCCAUGUUUUGGGCUGGGACCCACUCUGAUGUCCUGUGGUGACUUUCCCCCUCAAAUGACUCCCUCUAUUUAGAAAGCAGCCUCUUUUUGCAUUUUUUUUUU